CAGAGGAAACUCCGGGACCGAGCCCUGCAGGAGAUGCCCCGGUUCUGCUGGUGCGCUCACAGUGUCCUCGUUGUCAGUUCGUCUUCAGCCUGUCUAAAGGAGGGUGUCUUCACUUCACCUGCUCUCAGUGUCGCCAUCAGUUCUGUGGCGGCUGCAGUCAGCGCUUUGCUCUGGGCUCGACUUGCAGCUUCUCCACUCAGUGUGCGUCCAGAGGUCUCCAUGCGCACCACCCAGGGACUGUCUAUACCACCUGAGAGACUGGAGCGUGACCCGGCUGCACCGGCUGUUGCAGCACUAUAGAGUGUCUCCUUCCUGGUUGGAACCGUCCAAUGGCAGCUUGGCUCAGUGCAGUCAGACAGUGGCGUGUUUCGUGCCAGAACUGCGAGAUGAUAGUGGUAUGACGAAGGAAGAGCCUUGCGGACGGCCGGCUCCGUACGGAGGAUACUGCCAGGCUCACUACAAGGAGUGUCUGGUGGAGCAGAUCAACCAGUGUAGCGCCGACCCGGCCGUCCUCUUCAGUCCUGCAGAAAUGAUCGCAGAGCUGCGGCGAUGGAACAUUGUCGUUCCAAGCAGAAAGCCUGAAGAGCCAGAGCCGCUGUACGCCCAUCGCCUCCGCCUGGUGCUGACUAAUUGCCUUCCUCUCAUGAAGCAGCGAUGCAUUUCAUCAGAGACAUCAGCAGCUGCUCCGCCCACUGCUCCGCCCACAGUCAACCCAACCAAUCAGAUGAUGUCUGAUAACUUCAAACAAGUCAAAGGGAACCAAUGAGAGAAGUAUUCCAGUUGCAACUACCUGAGCUAAUUGACGUUGCCAUGGUUGAUAACAAGGUUAACGAGUUUCCAUCCUCUCAUCAGCCUUUGGUUUAUUUAACUUAUUCUUUCUCUUGGAAAAAAGAAAAAUUUAACUGAAAUUGUUUUAAACAAGAACUGAGAACAAGAAACUUUGUUCUGCUCCUCACGGCUCAAAAUGUAAACAGUUCUUUUAAAAAGGUGAAGCUUAACGAGCGUUAGUGAUUAACAAGGUGAAGCUUAACAAGCGUUAGUGAUUAACGAGGUGAAGCUUAACGAGCGUUAGUGAUUAACGAGGUGAAGCUUAACGAGCAUUAGUGAUUAACGAGG